GUGCGGUUAUUCUUCUACGCCCCUUGCUCUGGAUUCAGGACCGCGGAGGUGCGCUUCGGCGCCUUUACGACUACAAUGACGCCAAUCAUGUCGCAGACUGACCACCUCUACAAUGGCCGAGCACAUGCGUUGAUGGCUUACUCGGCUACUUCCGACCUUACUACGUCAGGGCUCAUCGGCUUCGAGAACUGGAACUUGAAUACCCUAGGCGCCAGCGCCGCCAGUCAACGGCCAGAAGGAGCGCAAGUCGCCCACCCGUUGGGCUACGAGACCGACCCACCGCUCGACGGCGGCGCGGACGUGCACAUGGGCCCCACCGGUGGGCGAUCGGCGGGCGGCACGGCCAGCGGCGGACCAGGAACCUUGCUGAGCCCGAUGGCAGGUGUCAUCGCGGUGUCGCCGACGCCAGCGCCAGGGCUUGCUUUUUUUGGAGCUGCGGCUGGGUGGCCUCAGGUCGGCACCGCCUCAUUCGACUCGCCACCUGCUGGAGCUGGGCUCGCCAUUAUACCCGAGGCGUCCGACGAGCAGGUGGAAGCGUUAAUGGUGCUCGGCGCUGAGGCGGCGGCGAGUUCGCCGACUGCGCCAGAUGCGGGGGCCGUCGGCGUAGCACUGAGGAUGAAACAGUCGAGACAAGAUAAGGCAAUCGAUGAGAAGAGCGUCUCGUCGGUGUCUGGAGGUGGGAAACCAAAUGCAACGAAGUGCAUCGAUCCCUUGGCGCCCGACGUGGGCAUGUCGUCAGGGACCUUGGGGAACAUCUUCCAUCAUGCAUCCAAGUACGCCUUGAAGCUCGGCGGCGAUACCACAGUCGACCCACGCAUCAAAGAUCUCGAAUUGCACUUGCAAGCGUUCGGGAAGUGCCAAAGGUUCAACGAACGCCAUCGUGACCAGUAUACCUACAGCGCUCUGGUCCAGACCGCGAAGGAGCUGCAGACGGAGGGGGUCGCCUUGAACUCGGCGGCUUUGGAAGUAAUUUGGCUUCAACGGGUGAAGGCAAUGAAGGCAGCUAUGGAGGAGACGCCCGAGUGUGCGACAGCACUGUUCAAAGCUUGCGUUCCUCUGGAGUCGGGCUCACCAGAACAACCGAAGCACGAGAUCAAGCCAGAUGACGUCGCGCUCCAUUUGCUGGGCGCGGAGGAUCCGCAUAGGCUCCUGGAGGCCUUCUUCGAGAGUUUCGCGGAGUUCUACCUCGAGUGCUUGACGAAGCAGCAUGCCCACAUCGAUGUCAUGAGCAACCUGCUGGCCGAUUACUGCAAGAAUGUGAUGAAGAACGCGGCGUUAGUGAACGAAACAGUGCGAGUCUUCAUUGCAAGGCUCGACAUGCCGCUGCAAGCCUUGCAGAUCGCUGGGAACAUGCAGGACAUAUGUUGCAACGAGCUCGAGGAGAAGUGCAAGAUGGUGAAGAACCUUGCAGAUACCAGGAGCGAGUGCAGAUUGACUCGUGCAUUUGCCAAUGCAGCGCAAACGAUCGAUCAGUAUGCGAAGGCUACGGUCGAAGCGCACGCGACGCUCCAAGUAUACGAUAUCAACAAGACGCCUUGCCAACCAAUUCUCGACGACUUGGAAGAUGCCUUGCCAGAAAAGGGCUCCGUGGAAGAAUCUGAGAUCAUCCAGCUGAUGGAGGCGUCUAACAACUGCUAUUCAACUGCAGCUAAGACUGUUCACCGCUUUGGCCAAGGAUCUCGCGUGGGCGCGUACAUCGAGGCUGGGAUCGCCGGCAAGGUGGAGCGGUACUACGCCAUCGUGAAGAACUCGCCGUCGCAGGAGCGGGACGCCCUGAAUGCAGCCAUCACGCAACUCGUCAUGACAACGUCGGAGCUCAAGGACAACGCGGAGUCGGCCCAGGCGUCCUCGACGGUGGGGGCCUUCUCCGAACGCACGCAGGCGGUGAUCAACACGCAGGGCGACAUUCCACUGGAGAGCCUGGACGACCUUUCGGUGCUUGCGAAGGCGCGCGCGGGCAUGCUGGUCGACGAGGGCGUCCACAACCAGAUCCAAGCUCUGUUGCGCCGCAUGUCCGACACCUGCAUGUCGACAGGGCUUGGCGAGAUCACCGUCGCCAAGAUCGCGGAGACCAUGGAGACAUUCAAGAGUACGGUCGUCUCCGAGAAGGAGUGCAACUUGCUUCAUUGGUCUGAACCCAUGCUGGUGCUUUCCGCCGCGCGGAAGGCCAUCGGCGAGGCGGAGCGUAUCGCGGGGGCAGGGCCGACGGACAGGUUGCUGAAGCAGACGACGGAGUUCCAGAAGUACGUGAACCUGAACGUGUUCUCCAACAAGUUGAAGAAGGCCGCCCAGUCUUUUGGUGAGUUGGGCGUGCUUGACUGCGAGGGUACCCAAGCUUUGAGUAUGCUGAUGUCGGAGGCCGCAGACGUUGCCAAGACAAUCCUCGAGAAAGGCAUGACUGACACCCAGACGGCUUUCGAGGCGCACCUGAAGUGUCUCGUCGACGAGCUCGAGCCGAACGCGGGCGGCAUGAACGACAGGGGCCACUGCAUGGACGGAAUCUUCCCUGGUGCCAAGAGGAACUGGAAGCAGUUCGCAAGCUACGUCAGCGCGAAGUUUCUCGGGGUGAAGGUCGGGCCGAAGCUCCGCGCCAAGGUCACCCUGAUCGAGGAGGCGGUCAAUCAGUCUGGCCAGCAGCUCGCGGUCUUCGACGGGGCUGCCUCCCCAGUGGCUAUGUCUGCCCCCCAGACAUCUUUCGUGGAGACCGCUCGUGCGACCUACGCAGUGUGCGUGAUCACGAAUGCAUUCGAGAAAGCGACGGACAUUGCGCGACGCACGAUUGCUAUCAACACGGCGCACAACUGGGUGGUUAACUACUCGAAGGACUUCCCAGAAAAAUUGUACCCCGAG